AUGUACCGGAACUUCGGCAACUUCAGUAGGGGCAGUGAGCAGUCCCCAGGAACAGGUUCACCUAGACCUCCAGCAGCGAACUCCAGAACUGUGGACUCGGGCAGUAAUACUACACAACCGCAACAGCAGAAGUUUCCGUUGGGGGGGGCUCCGCCUGGCUUUGUGCCGAGUCUGAACACCAUCACCUCCACCCAGGAGCUCCAGUGGCUGGUGCAGCCGUCCCUCUGGCCCCAACCCCCCCUGCCCCCCUACCCUCCACCACCCCCCCUGCUGCACCACCCUCCACCACCCCCCCUGCUGCAGCACCCUGCCCCAGCCACCCCGGGCUCCACAAGGAGACGCCCGGACCAACACUGUACCCCAGAGGAGCUGGAGAGGAGACAGAUACGGAGAGAAAGAAACAAAAUGGCCGCCGCCAAGUGCCGCAAUCGGCGGCGUGUGCUGACGGACACGCUGCAGAACGAGACGGAGCGGUUGGAGGGGGACAAGGCGGACCUGCAGCGGGAGAUUGCGGGCCUGGAGAAGGAGAAGGAGAAGCUGGAGCUGGUUCUGGAGGCCCACCGGCCCAUCUGCAAGAUCCACUCCGACUCAGACUCCGACCACAGCUCCGAGGCCCCUCCCACUGCUGUCAGGGGCCCAAUCAAAACUGAGCCCCUGGACGCUCCCGUGGCCGGGCCGUCCCGCCCGAAAAUCACCCUCCCCCCCCCCUCGCCCCUCCAACCCGAGUCCCUGCACACCCCCCCCUUCCCCUCCACCCCCUCCCUGACCCCCUUCACCAGCAGCCUGGUCUUCACCUACCCCCCUGCCCCCCCCCGCCUCAGCCCCCCCUCCCAGAAGCCCCAGGCCUGCGGGGUGGCCCAUCGCCGUAGCAGCAGCAGCGGUGACCAAUCGGAUCACUCCCUCAACUCCCCCACCCUCAUCGCCCUCUGAUUGGCCGCCAGGGGCUCCAGGGAGGCGGAUUUUCGCUGGUUUUUGUUUUUUGGAGUUUCCUUUUUUUAUCCCCACGUCAUCAUCGUUGUGGAAACUUGUCAAACCUUUGACUCUGAUCUUUGACCUUCACGCUGGACUUGCAAACCGAACACAUCAACCAAUGGGGGAAGCAGAUUGCUUUAUGAAGUG